AUGGUUGAUCAAAGAAAGACCAGCACUCCUCUGUGGAACAGGGGGUUCCAUAGGAAUCAACCAGGUACAACAUUUCGAAGAACAAGUAAACGAGACAAAACUUCCAAUGCAGCUGAGCCAAACCUGAGGAAGCGAGGAAGCGAUCAGCUUCAAGAUAAGAUUGAAGAAGCCAAGCGACGCCUUCUGGAAAGGAACGUAAAUACGAAAACCCAAGAUAAGUCCUCCAAAGCCACUGAUGUGAUACCCUCCGGAACAAAAGGUGGUCUAAACGUCGAGUUGCAUCCCCUUUUGAGGAACAUGGCCGUCACACCCACAAUACCUAAAAACUACAAUCCCCUAAAGCCCAAAAUACGAGACUUAUUUGAUUCAAAUGCCAUGAACCCUUACUUAGAUCAAUCAUCAAUGGGUCCUAGCUCUCAUCACAAGGGUGGAGCUCUUAAAUUUAAUCCACAGGGUAAAUAUAUAGAAAAAGCUAAUGAGCUUAGGCAAAAGCAAAGAGAAGAAGACACAAGGAACAGAAAGCUCGAGGAAAUGAAAUCCAAAGGCUUGACAGCAAAUGAAGAGUUGGGAGAACAUCUCUUUAAACCCGAAUUUCCUCCUAUCGUAGAAUGGUGGGACAAACCAUAUUUGAAGGAUGUGACGCAUGGCUAUACUCUUGAAGAUUUUAAUAUUCAGUUAGAUAGCGAAGUGGCACCUGUUUCCAUUUACAUUCAGCAUCCUGUGUUGCUUGAACCCAUCUGGGAAAAACAUUUAGACACGCAAAAGUCAAUGUACUUGACAAAAAAAGAGAGAAAGAGAAUAAGAAAAAACGAUAGACAGGAAAAACUUAAAGAUCAACAAGAUCGUAUAAGGUUGGGUCUCGAACCACCGCCUCCUCCUAAAAUUAAGUUAUCAAAUUUAAUGAAUGUUCUCACUAAUGAGUCUAUUAAGGACCCAACAUCCGUUGAAAUGAGAGUGCGAAAAGAAGUAGAAGAAAGAUACCAGAAGCACAUGAAGGAGAAUGAAGACAGAAAAUUAUCUAAAGAACAGCGACAUGAGAAGAAUCAUUUGAAACAUGAGAAAGAUUUGAAAACGGGUUAUUUUACGUCAAUUUAUAAAAUUCAAAGCUUAUUGCAUCCUCAGCAUUUUUUUAAGGUCGACAUAAAUGCUAAACAAUUAGAGCUUGUUGGUAUUUGUCUUCUAAACCCCAGGUUCAAUUUGAUCAUAGUUCAAGGAGGACAAAAAAGCAUAAAAUUCUAUAAAAAAUUAUUAACUCGUAGAAUUAAUUGGCAGCAGCAAGACACAGAUUCAAAAGCCAAGGCGGACGGCGAACAUGAAGAAAAUAAAUGUACUAUUAUUUGGGAGGGACAAGUUAAGAACUUUAAUUUCAAGAAGUGGUCGAUUAUCCGAACAAAUAACGAUGAUGAAGUCUUUGAUGUUUUAAACAAAUUCGGAGUCGAAAAUUACUGGCGUGAAGCUUUAGCACUUGAAAAUGACUAA